AUGAGCGGCCGCAAGACGCCUCCUCCGGCGGUCGUCGUGCUCGCCGAAGGCGUUGAGCGAUGGCCCUCGCUCAGCGCAGCCGCCAAGCAGCGGCUCCUCGUCGCCGUCGCCACCAGCAAGCGCUCCGAGAAGCAAAGCGCCGUCCGCUUGCUCGAGCUGGCGCAGGAGGACACGAACCGCGGCGCGUCGCGCAAGGUGUCGCAGCUGGGCAGGCCGGCGGCAGGGCGGGGAGGCGGCGGGAUGGACAUGGCGUCGGGACGGAGCGACAAGUACAGCCGCGCGAGGCAGGGCGCGCGCACGAUGCAGAUGCUCGAUCUCGGCGAGGAGAAGCAGCUGCAGCGGCAGACGGCGGCGGCUGUCGCGCCAAAGAAAAAGGAGGCGGCGCGCCGCAAGAGGGAGCCGGUGCCCGACCCGUUCGCGGGCGCGGUGCAGGCGCAGGAGGACGGCACGGCAGUCUACUACCAGGACCGGAGGAAGCAGUGGCCGUACACCGCUAGCGCGGCGGGCGCCUCCCUCCUCCAGCGACUGCUCGCCGAGGCGACCCCGCUGCUGCGGCUCGCGCUGCAGGUUGUGAGUGGGGAGGAGCGGGAUGACCCUGACGGCGCCGAGCUGCGGCGCGAGGGCGAGCGCAUCUACGCGCAAAAGCCGAACAUGCGCGCGGGCGGCAUCACGUGGUCACAAGAAAACUACGCGCACCUCGGUCUCCAGGCCGAGUACCUCCGCCUCAAGUCCAUCCAGCGCAUCACCGAAGGGACCGUCGCGAUGGAGCGCGCCUACAACGCCGGCGCCUUCGCCGCGCUGCGCGACGCACGCACCAAGACCCCCUUCCGCGUCGCCUCUCUCGGCGGUGGGCCUGGAUUCGAGCUGCUGGCGGUGCGGGAGUUUUGCGCCGCGCGGCUGCCGCAGGCGGAGCCGCAGCUGCUCUCGCUCGACCUGCAGGGCGCGUGGCGGCCAUGCUGCGAGGCGCUCGGGCUGCGCUUCGAGGUGUGGGAUGUGAUGGACGGCGACGGGCUGCUCGGCAAGACGGGGUGGCCCGCCAUCGACCUGGCGGUCAUCUCGUACGUCUACUACCACUACAUGUCCAACGAGCACUGCGCCGACUGGCUGGCGAGGCUGCUGCACGCCGGCGCCGUCAAGGCGGUCCUCAUCAUCUCGCGCUUCGAGGACCUCUCGCAGAACCUCGACGCAGUCGCGCGGCGCGGCGUGCAUGAGUGGCUGCCGUGCUCCUUCCCAAACGUGCCGUUCGAGGACCAAAAGGCAGCGACACAAGCAGAGGCGGACAAGUCGUACCGCCAGCGCGGCACCGCGUUCGACUAUUCCGCAGAGCAGUUGCGGAUACAGUAG